AUGCCGGUACAAACCAGCCCACCGUCCUUUCCGGACUCGUUCCCGUCGUUCAUGUCCGUCUAUGGUGGCCUGUCCCCCUACAAGCAAGACGAAAAUCAGUAUCCUCUCCAGGUUCCGGCACAUAUUCCCAUCAACACCUCGCGACACCUCCUUCUUUCUCCCCACCGCGAAAGCGUGUCGUCCGCGACCUCGGCCUCGACCGAAUCAUCUCCCACCACCACGAUAUCCCCAUUUGAUUCCCCAUCAACCGGAGAUAUCUCUCCAAGCUCCUCUCCAGAAUCACCGUCGGCUAUGCCUUUAACUUACGCCAAAUUUAUCCCUCCCACUCGUCCCAUGGAGAUUCCGCCGCACGCCAUGAUGCCAAUGGAGAGAUCCAAACUAUCGCCUGCCCCCAACAAGGAACGUCCGGUUUCGCCAGGUCGUCGGGAGCGUAACCUGAAGAACCUGUCCUUGCGAAUGCCGCCGCCGUCAGAGUCCCGACCUCCCAUUGCCACAGCCUCGGUCGUGGAGACAUCCUCCAGACACCAUCUUCUAGCCCCACCUUCUCCUCUCCAAAUCCCCCAGAAGAGCAACAGUGGCAGACGGCGUCCUGCGAAUCUCACCAUCCGGACACCGGCAUUCGACAAAUCGUUCUCUAGCAGCAUAUCGGAAUUAGUUCCCCAGACACCGCUUGGUCGACAGUCCUUACGACACGCGGAAUCCUCGCCUUCUCUUGCUUCUAUUACCUCGCCCGGCUUUGCUCCUGUGGGUGGUAUGCAGCUGCCACAGCCCAUGACACACCACGGUACGCUUCCGUUGUCAGGUGCAUCGUCUGAGGGUACUGCUUCGCCUCUUACGCCUGUCCCAGACGGUGGAUCCGCAUUAUCAACGCGCGUCCUGCCCGGACUCGAGGAAGAAGAUGAUCACCUCGAUUCACGAGAGUCCACGCGUAAAGCUUCGCGUGGCUAUCCGGAUGGACCUAUCAGGAUAUACGACACGGGCGUGUUUCUGUAUCUUGAACCGACCGCGGAGGAAGCUAGUAAAUUUGAUGUAAUUGUGAAUGUCGCUAAGGAGGUUAAGAACCCGUUCGACACUGAGCAGAAAGAGCGAAACGACACCGUCAUGAGUACUUGGCGCAAUGCCUCCCGAGCCUCGAAGCGUUUCUCUGGCGGAGAUCCUCAGACUGCUGUCUCUGAGAUCUCAUUCAAAUCCGCAUUCGAAUUCCAGCCCUCCGACUCUGAAGUGACGACACCAUCGACUGCUACGCCUGACUUCGGUUCAACUCCAGAGUACGUCCACGUCGGCUGGGAUCACAACUCCGAAAUCCUCGACGAUCUGUUGCCGCUGUGUGAGCUUAUCGAUGAGCGAAUUGCAGAGGGCCAGAAGGUGCUUGUGCACUGUCAGUUGGGCGCCAGUCGUUCGGCGUCAUUGGUCAUUGCGUACGGUCUGUACAAAAACCGGAACAUGGAUUUCAACUCCAUGUACGGGGCAGUCAAGGAACGCAGCCAGUGGGUGAGCCCGAACAUGAGCCUUAUCUAUCAGCUCACAGACUUUCGUAACCGGCUCCUACGAGGCUCUCCCUCGCGCCCUGCUCCUCGUGAGUGGUUUGUCCAGACCGGUCGGAGAAGCUCUGAGCCUCAGGUCCCACGAGCAGAGACGGAAGACUCGAACCGGCCGCUCUUUCGUGGUCUGGCGCAAGCACCGUCAAUGGGAUGCCUCGCCCUCCCGUCCUCCAACAGUCGUCCCCGGACUAGUGACAACGGGAGUCGAUCACCCAAACGCAGUCUGUCUCCGCGUCCCCUGCCGUUUCGGACGAAAUUCCAAUCCAUCGAGCCCGCAUUUGGGCGACGCCGAGGUUUGCCGCGUAGCGUCAGCAGCUGCGACCCUCUCGUGCAGACUAAUGUGUUUGUUCGCGACAUCCCAGAUCCCGCAUGCGGGGGCAUGUUUUCUCCCAGAACCACUGGGUUCCUGGCCCCCCCCUGUGCGACCGCCCCCUCGUACCAUCGACACCGUUGCGGAGGACGGACCGGCCUGCAACCCGGUAGAGUAUGCACAAGCGACAGCUGA